CUGCACGACCUGCAUCGCCAUCACGCACCUGUUGUCCAUCCAUCUGAAGCAAAAAGUCCGCCCUCCGAUCCGCAGACGAGCCCAAACUUGCGCCACUCCAUCCAUUCACCUCGCUUCUCAUUUGCCCCGGCUCGUUGCGAACGCUGCCCCGGCGAGCCGGGCCUGGAAGCUUGGGAUUUUGGGAUUCCCUCAUCACCCCAAGCACCCGGCAUGAUCCUUCAGCAUUCUCCUGUCUGAGACUACGUCCCCGCUGCUUUCUAUUCUGUGUUGCAUGCUUGCCAUUCGGCACAGCUCCGACCUGCAUCGGCUGCUGCAUUCCUCUGUCCUUGAGUUUCAGUUCCUUGCCUGGUCUUGGCGCUAGAUAUCCGACCUUACUGCUGGAGAGCCUUUUUUCCCCUCCCCCCCAACUUCUCAUUGGAAGCAACCAUGCUGAACCCGUAAACGGGUUGGCCAAAAGUCGUUUGAAGCGGCACGAGCCCACUCGUGUUUUGUCUGUCUUCCUUUCUGUUGUCCUCCGUCUCGCGUUUUGCUGCAUCAAUGGCAGAACAACAUCCGAGGCGGAUCCCAAACAUCACGCCCUCUGUCGCGGCGCCCCCAGUCAUCCCUCCUCCACCCCCUCUGCCAGAACCAAAGCGCAGUGCAUUUACCAGAUUCGUUACCCAGUCAUUCACCACCUACGGCUCGCGACCUGCAACCGCCCAGCCGGGUCGGGAGGGAGGAAGGGCGGCAGCCUUCCCGCAGUUACCUGGCUACAGCCCUCUCACAUCACAGUAUGCCAAAUUUAAGGCUAAGGUAACCGCCGAGAUCGCGGCGUUGGACAUCAAUCAGGAUCGGACACAUGCCAUUCUCGCAGGACGAGAGAUACUCGAGACGGUCCGUGUCAAUGGAACCACCUGUUCCGAGGAUCUCAACAUCCGCGAAGCAUUGUACAGCCACGACAGGCAUAACGCUACCCGGCAUCGCGACAACCUGGACAUCCACGACGUCAAAUGGUCCCACGGUCCCUAUUCCAACUUCAUUGCGUGUGCAGCGACCAAUGGGAAGGUCGUCAUAUACGACCUCGUCCGACCUGGCAUCGAAGUUUCAAGACUGCAUGAGCACCAUCGGCAAGUUCACCGAGUCGCCUUUAGCCCUCACCACGGUGCGCUGCUCCUUUCCGCUAGCCACGAUGGCUCCGUCAGAUUUUGGGAUUUGCGCGACAUGAGGCCCGAGGUUGCGUCGAUCACUGCGCGCGCUAAGUAUAGUGGCCAAAGCGAUGCUGUUCGGGACGUCAGAUGGUCACCAUCAGACGGUCUAGAAUUCGCGUUGGGCACCGACUCUGGCGCCGUCCAGCGAUGGGACUAUCGAAGCCCAAAGGCAGCCAAAUUGAAGAUUAACAACGCUCACGAUGGAGGCUGCACCUCUGUCGACUGGCACCCAGACGGCAAGCAUCUGCUCAGCGCAGGUCAGGACCGCAUGUCCGGGAACAGAUCCUAUGGAAUGUUGAAGAUCUGGGACUUCUCGUCCGAUCACAAACGACAAAAGCCAGCCUGGACGUUGCGAACCCCGUACACGGUCACCAAUGCGCGCUGGAGACCUCCCUGUUGGUCUGGGGACGAGCACGGCCGGGGCUCCUGGCAGGCGACCCAGGUGGUGACCUCUUACGACGAGAAGCACCCGGUGAUUCACCUGUGGGACUUUCGCCGACCCUAUAUCCCCUUCCGUGAGGUCUAUACCUCGCGCACCGCCCCGACCGACAUGCUGUGGCACUCGAUCGACCUGCUGUGGAGCGUGGGCCGCGAAGGUGAAUUUUACCAAACAGACGUCAAGUAUGCGCCAAAGACGAUCGAUCGCAGACCAUUGUCGACAUUCGCAAUCUCUCCAACGGGCGAGAUGGUCGCGUUCGGUCAGAAGCGCACGCGUCGCAGACGUUCUGAUAUGGAGCUUUCCCUCCCGGACGCUCCGAAUCCUGCUGCAAGGCGAGUCAUGCCCAAGACAGGCGUGCCGGAGCUCAGCCGGAGCAGUGCAGAUGAUUCCAUAGAUGAUACUUUUCUCUCCUCGUCCUAUCAGCCCAGGCACCAUGAGAGGACACUGAGCAACCGCAGCUCCAAAUCCUUGGCAGGCACACCGCCGUCCUUAGACAAGGAUACGCUGGCCGAACUUGAUGCCACUCUGAGCCAGGUUAAGGACAACACGCUACCGCACCAGACCGCGCUGCGUGGUCCUCUGCCUGGAUCUAGCGAUAUCAACACGUUUUUGUUUCUGGCCCAAAAGUAUAAGACAGCCGCACUGCCAGAUAAGCCGACUGUGGAGAGCUACAAGAACGUCUCAAAGCCGUUCGAGCAGAAUGCAAACUAUGCAGAUCGAGCGGGAAAUCAUCGCGCAGCACAGGUUUGGAUGGGCGUAGGCGCAGUAUUGCAACGGGAAGUGCUCACAAACGGCGAGCAGCGCCGGCGAGCUAGGCUGUCUAAAGCAGAACAGCCUGAAGAUCCGUUCCUUACCCUGCCUGACAUUUCAUUCCCUGUUUUCGACGGCGAAGAUACUCUCUUUGCGUCCGGCUCUGCUGCCGUUGCUGAUACGAGUCGAGCCGCCAUUCCAGACGGCCAUGUUGUAGAAAGUGACAGUAAUAUGCCUACGCCGCUCGCGAAACCGCAUGUGUCCGCGAACAGUUCUCACUCGUCGAAUUUGCAUCACAAUAUCCCUGAGCCGCCGCACGAUGAUCAAUUGUCCCUCCCACCCUCCGUUGUUUCUGGAGGUUCGUCAGGCAUGCACCAAGCGGCGCAAAUUUCGACUGCGGCCACCGCACAGAAGAGGCAACGCCGCGAGAACCUUGAAGCAGGGACAAGCUGGUUCAACACAAACGACAUCAACGAGCGCAAGGCACAGAUUGCUAACUGGCGAGCCCAGCCAAAGGCACUUCUCGACCUCGACACGCCUCGUAAAGAUUCUAGCCCGGCCGUCAACAUACCACCGCCCAUGUAUAGGCACAAUUCCGACGACAGCUUUGCAAUGUUCCCUUCGUCUUCCGAGUCAAAGAAUGAGCACUCGUUGGCGCAAUCUAUGAACAGCCUCCGCGACCGGCAGCUGAGCAUGAGUAGUAUCCCGGAAGAUCUUCUACCUGCCGAACAGACUCACGAGCGCAGCGCCACUGAUAGUUUUGGUCAGUCAGGCGAGGAAGCAAGUCAGUCUGGAAGUUCUAAGGGAGAUGUCUUCAACGGGAGCUUCGAUUCACUACAACUAUCUGAAAGCCCCCUCGGUACGAAGGCGCUCAAUCCGUCGCUAUUUCCGGCGCAGAUACUUGGAGAUGCAACUGACCCACGUUCCGUGGAACCACCCAAACGUAGUGACAUCCCUCGCCAUGAUGCUAAACAGCGGGCGCGCAUUGCCGCACCAGCUGUACGGCCCGUUGUCAACAUGAACUCCAAGGAUUUGAUCCUUGACGACUUUGAGAGGCCGCCGGGCAUCUCUCUCAGCCGCACGUAUCCAAUAACAGCUGGCAAAAUGCUGCAAAAAUUGUUCAUGUACCACACGGCGCUUGUACCCGAUGCCCAGCAGAUCGUCCACCUGAUGAUGCUGCUCUCGCCAUUCCUGCCGAACAGCGCCAGUCUGGCCGCUCACGAGUAUGAAGUCGCUGGACAGACGCGCUUGGCGCAAACACGACAUAUUUUGCAAGAAUAUGCCCACUAUUGCAAAGUCGAAGUGGGCCUGGAGACGGACGAAAUACACGCCAUCCUCUCAGGUCACCUUGUACAUCUUGCACGCUUCGAUAUCCAUCCCCUUCAGGUGGAGGCCGUCUGCAUGGCUUAUCAGGAGCAGCUGGAGAAGUGUAUGCUCUUUACAUCUUUGGUGAUGCUACGAAAUCUAGUAUACCCUCACCUCGGCGCUUUCCAGGAUCAUCUUCUGCGGAGCUCGACUGUCGAGCUCGUGUGCGCCAAAUGCAACAAACCAGUCAGCUCGGCAACGCGCAAAUGCGAAAAGUGUAACAAGGGUCACGACCUGUGCCCAGUAUGUUGGCAGAAGUACUCCCCGUUCACGAUGACGAAGCGCGCAAGGAAGAUGGAGGACGCCAAAGUACCAGCCAUCCGCAUCUGCGCCAAUGGCAGGUUGGACUUCAGCGCGUCCGUCAAGCCUCCAACGUCUUCAUCGCCCUCACCAUCGGCGCCUGUUCCGAACGCCUCGGGUAACGACGAGCCAAAGCUCGAGCACCCGUCGCUUUGGCAGUUCUGCCUCACCUGCGGCCACGGCGCCCACGCCGCGUGUCUACAGACGCAGCCGAAUGUUCCCGAGCUUGGCGGACGUUGCGCAACGGCCGGGUGCGGGUGUGCAUGCGUGCGCGGGAUGUACAGGAGCGAACUUGUCAAGCGAAUGGAAGAGGAAAAGGCGAAAAAUGCGAUGGGCAGCGUCAAAGGCGACGGCAGGAGAGUCAGAGAGAGCGGGGCCGUGAAAGGAGCGAGAGGUCUGCUAGGUGAGGAAGGGAAGAGGGUUCGGCUCGUGGAGCCCGAGCGGUGAUCUGUACACGGCUGGCUUGUUCAUUGUGUGCGCGUUAUAUAUGAGAUACCCAUUGUGCCUUUGUAUUCUUUACGAUUGUAAUUUUAUAUGAGCCUGUACGGCCAAUUCGAGAAGCC